UAGACCAUUGGUACAAAUCUGAGUACUUCAUCAUUCAGGAUAGUAAAAAAUUUGAAUGCCCUGCAAAGGUUAACAUGAAAGAGGUUGUGUACUUUACUAACUUAAAGGUUGUUAACCCAAGUAAUUAUUACAAGAGGCAAGUGUCUAAAAGUAUUCACAAUGCUUUGUCACAACAAAAUGUUAUGACAUAUUCUAAAAAAAUUAAAGUUGAGAUAGACAACUUAAUAUGUCACAAAAAUCAUCCUCUUGGAAAGAGUGAACUUCUGUCUCAAAAAAUAGACCAUCGGUUGUCAAGUAAAAUUUCUGAGUUUGUUAAACAAGGUGUUUCAAAUGUACGUGAGAUGAAAAGAAUUUUGAAAUUAACUGUUGAUGAGAUGUUUGGAGAAAAAAGUCUUCCCACUCCUAACAACCGUAGAUUUUAUCCAAGAAAUGAUAUUAUCCGUGCUCAUAUAGUUAUGGAAUGUAAAAAGCUAGGAUUCUCAAACAUUGACCAGGAAUGCUUAGAAAGCAAAAUAAAAGAGUGGAAGAAUAGAGAUGAUUCUCUUAACAUCCAUUUUGAACCAAAAGUGAGUGAACAUCAAGAUGAAUUCCUUUUUGUUUACCAAGCAGGCUGGCAAAAGAAACUGCUCAAUAAAUAUGGGAAUGAAAUGAUCUUUUUAGAUGCGACAUACAAAACCACUCGGUAUUCGUUGCCCUUGUUUUUUUUAGUUGUAAAAACUAAUGUUGAUUUCCAAAUUGUAGCAACAUUUGUUUCAGAAAAUGAAACCUUUGAAUCAAUUAAAAAAGCAUUGAAUGUAAUAAAGUAUUGGAAUAUUGAUCUGAAACCCUUAUAUUGUAUGACUGAUUAUUGUAAUGAGGAAAUACGAGCUGUGGAAACUGUUUUUAUUGGAUGUGAAGUUUUUAUAUGCGAUUUUCAUAGAGAGCAGGCAUGGGAUCGUUGGCUUAAAAAGAUAGCAAAUGGUUGCUACAGCAGAAAAGAUGAAAUUUUGACUAUAUUACGAGGUCUUGCUUGGUCAAAAACUUGUGAAGAGGAGAUAAAAGCCACACAAGUGUUAGAGUUUUCAGAAUUCUGGAAACUUGAAAGUUUUUCUAAAUUAAAACAUUAUAUUGAAACGUAUUGGUUGCCAAUAAAGAAGAAGUGGAUCUGCUGCUACAGACAAAAUCGUCUACUAAUCAGUUGUAACACAAACAAUGGUGUUGAGAGGCAAAAUGCAUCUUUUAAAUAUUCCUAUUUAAAAAGAUACAAUAGUUCUUCUUUGACUGGAAUGUUGACCUUAUUGACUGAGGAAUUUUUCACUGAUAAACUAGAAAGUUACACUGACUUCAACUUCAAAAUGGAUGCCCGAUACAGAAGAUACGCUUGUUGGGUGCCAAAAUAUCUCUACAAUCGCCCACACAGUUUUGUUAAGCAUUGCUUAAAGCGAAAGUCCACCGCUGAUUGCAUGGAUUUAAACAAAGUAGUUAUGAUUAAAUCUGGUAUUUUUUCAGUAUCUAGUACCUUUGAUACUUCAGUUCAAUAUUUUAUAUCAUUCGGUGAUGAGAUCAGUAUGCCAAAAUGUACCUGUGUUGAUUGGCUAUCAACAGCUUACUUAUGCAAACACUUUUUUGUUGUAUUCCGGAAGUAUCCUGCAUGGUCGUGGAAUGCAUUGUCUGUUCUUUAUAGGAAUUCUCCAUACUUGAAUAUAGAUUCCGAAAAUUAUGAAAUAGAGCAUGAAAAAACAGCUUUUAACUCAUUCAAGGCAUUGUUGCCUCUAAUACAAGAACAGACUGUCAUUGUCAAUCAGAAACAGUCAUAUAAAAAUACUCAACCCAUUUAUUCUGGUGUAGAUGUAAGGGAGAUGUUAAAUACAGUGAAAAAUUUAUCAUUUGAGUUUGAUGAAAACUCCUUUGAAAUCAUGCUACUGCACAAAACUCUUUCUUCACUUAUUGAAAAGUUGAACAAAGGAAGAGUAAAAGAAUCAGGUAUUGCUGUUCGCCGGUUAAAUGAUAAAUCAAGUAAUUCAUUAAAGAAACACAUCCAAAUACCUAUUCGGAAACCAAUAAAACUUCCAUUUAAACGUGUUGGAUCUAGAAAAGAUGAGGCUAUAGCUGCUUCAAAAAUAUUUAUUACAGAAGAAGUUUACUCAACCGACACAUUUAAAUUAGAAAUAGUUGAAAAAUCCAUUGACAAUAAUAGAUUAAUGGAGGAACAGGUAAUUUUUCUUUCCGAUAACGAUGAAGAAUGUUUUGAAGCAAAUGUAGUUUAUAAGACUAAUCUUUCUGCUGAAGAUUUGAAUGAUAUUAAAACCAACCAGAUGUUAUCAGACACAGUGAUCCAUUCUGUCCAAAAUAUGAUUAGUGGUGUUAGUGGCUUACAGGAUCCAGUUUUGGGUCAAAAUUUAUCAUUUCAUGCAAUCAAAGAAUCUUUUGUACAGGUUUUGCAUAAUGGUGAUGCACAUUGGCUAACAGUUAGUACUUUUUGGUGUUCUGAUGGUGAGGUGUGCCUGUUAGACAGCAUGUUUCAUGGUAAAGUCAAAAAUCAUGUCAUCAGGCAAAUUUGUGCAAUAAUGCAGUGUACCAAGGACAUUUUAACUGUACGAGUUUUACCUGUACAGCAACAAGCAAAUAGUAUAGAUUGUGGCUUGUUUGCAUUGGCAUUUGCGAAGCACAUUGCUUUUACUGGUUUGAAUCCAUGUUAUAUUGGAUUUGCAGAUGUUGAUAUGCGAAAGCAUUUACUUCAAAGUAUUUCAGGAAACCACCUAAAUGAAUUUCCCAAAACUUCAAAAAAAACAAUACAAGUAUGGACAGUUUCAGAUAAAUUUAUAAAAGAUAGGCAUAUGGUACAAUGUGAAAAAUGUGAAUGCUGGUUUCAUCGUGCAUGUGAAAAUAUACCAGAAUAUGUGUUGGCGCAUGAGAGUGCUGAAUGGCUUUUUGCAACAUGCCCUGAAUGUGACAAAAAGACUAUGAGUCGAACAUUUAACGUCUUGAGAAAGCAAGGCUUGUCUAUACCAUUAUUGUUACAAUGUUCAAGUUGUUGUUGGGGUGCAACUUUUCAUUCAAGUAAAGAAUGUAAAUGCAAAAGCAGUCGUGGUAGACCUGUUUCAGGUUUAUGUACGUUUUUUUAUUGCUAUGAGGGAAAUCUGAAAAAGUUAUACCAGUUUAGAAAAACUCUGUGGAUGAAAAAAGUAAUUGGAACAGUGCUUUUCUAUUGCUCUUAA